AAACACGCGUCAUUUAUAGAUUUUUUCAUAAAGAAAAUAAAUAUCUGUAAUUGUCAAACAGAAUGAGUAACGUAAUUUUGUCGCUGUUUUUUUUAUUUUGCUAUUUAGCUUUUACUUUAUGUUCGGAAAAAGUAAGCGUUUGUUUUUUUACCAACUGGUCUCAAUAUCGUGAUGGUUUGGGAAAGUUUUCGCCAGAAAAAAUUGAUACUUCUUUGUGUUCCCACAUUAAUUAUGCGUUUGCUAAAAUAAAUACCGAAACGCAUGUAAUCGAAAAAUACGAGUGGGACGACGACUUAUUAAUAUCCGAAAUUGAUUCAUUAAAAUCAAUUAAACCUUCACUGAAGACUGUAUUAUCAGUGGGUGGUUGGAAUCAUGAAGAAACCGAGCCACGUUUUUCCAAUAUGGUAGCAACAGCUGCCACAAGAAAAAUUUUCAUAGAUUCUGCUAUUGCGUUUCUUACGGCACAUAACUUCAAUGGACUAGAUCUUGAUUGGGAAUACCCCGGAAACAGAGGCUCUCCUCCUGGCGAUAAGCAAAAAUUUACACUUUUGUUAAAAGAAAUUCGUGCAGCGUUUCAUGGAACUCCUUUUAUUUUGACAGCUUCAGUAGGUGCUGGUCCGCAAGUUAUUGCUUCAGCAUACGAAAUAUCAGAAAUUGCGAAAUAUUUAGACUGGGUAAAUAUUAUGACCUAUGACUUGCAUGGUUCUUGGGAAAAUAUAACUGGUUGUUCCACUGCCAUGUCAGGGCCUCCUCCAACGGCUUCAAACUCAUUAAAAAUUUGGCUAGAUGGAGGUAUGCCUGCAAAUAAAAUAAUUCUUGGUUUAGCUGCAUACGGAAGAACAUUUGAAUUGAAGGACCCUAAUCAAGCUGGUCUUGGAGCACCAGCAAACGGCCCAGGUUUACCUGGUCCGUUUACAAAAGUUCCUGGCUUUUUGGCUUAUUACGAAGUUUGUGAUGCUACUUGGUCAAGUUUAACAAAUUAUAUUGACAGCAAGGCAGGUUCUCCGUACGCAUCAAAUGGUAACCAAUGGGUAGGAUACGAUACGCCUGAAAGCAUAAAAAAUAAAGUGACAACACUUGUCAACUCUUUUGGUCUUGCUGGUAUAAGUUUCUGGGCAGUUGACAUGGAUGAUUUUACUGGCAGUUUUUGCAAUUUAGGAAAAUACCCUUUAUUAUCUACCGCUGUAGAAACAAUGAGACAAUUUUCUAACGAUAAAACAGAUCGUUAUUCAGUUUGUAAGGCUUCAAAGAGGUGGAAUCACGUUGUUUCAUUACAAAAAUGGUGUAAAGAGUACUGUCUGUUUAAUAGAUGUCCCGCAUACAUGUGUGAAUGUAAUUAUGUAACAAUUAAAACAUAAGUAAAUUUAUAUAAUAAA